ACAGUAACAUUUAAAAUGAUUUUGAAACAGAUAAUUGAAGAGAAUGAAUGAAGAUAGGAUUUGAUUUUCAGCAAUGCAAAUCUUGUCAACUUCAAGUUUCAUAUACUUUUGAGUAAUAAAAUUAAACUUCGAUGAAAGUGGAAAGUACGAGUUGUACGUGAAGGCAGCACCUGCACCAGCCAGUGCUCGGUCAGCGUGGAAGCAACAAGCUUGACGGGACCAAAGGCUCCGCGCAGCCCAACUGUUUCCACCGAUUCGGUAGGUAGCAACAGAAGCGAGGUCAUUUCUGGUACCCACGCGUUUCUCCGAAAAAAAACCUGGAGCUUUAAAAAAGAAUUAGAGGACUGAAGAUGUCGGCAGUUUAUAAAGAUGACCAAAACGACUGGCUCACAGUCUGCCUCAAGUACUUACUCUUUGUUUUCAACUUUCUCUUUUGGGUGGGUGGAGCUGCAGUUUUGGGUGUAGGUGUCUGGACCGUAGUGGAGAAAAGUGACUACUUAAGCCUGUUGGCCUCCAGCACAUUUGCUGUCUCAGCAUAUAUCCUCAUCCUGGCUGGCAGCCUGGUGGUGGUUACGGGUUUCUUGGGCUGUUGCGCAGUGAUCCGGGAACAGAGGAGCUGUCUGUCUAUGUAUUUCCUCUGCCUGCUGUUGAUCUUCCUGAUUGAAUUGGUGGCAGGGGUACUGGCUUAUGUAUAUUACCAAAGACUGAGUGAGGAACUGAAGCAGCAUCUCCACCAGACCAUGACAGAGAACUAUGCCCAGCCAGGGAAGGAGUCAAUCACAUUAGCUGUGGACAGACUACAGCAAGAUUUUAAGUGCUGCGGCAGCAAUAACUCCCAUGAUUGGACGGACAGUGUGUACAUUCCUUCAAAGCAGGCAGAGGGCAGGGUGGUGCCUGAUAGUUGCUGCAAGACUAUCACUCCUCAGUGUGGCAUGAGGGACCACCCCUCCAACAUCUACAAGGUGGAGGGUGGUUGCAUCACUAAACUGGAACAGUUUCUGGCGGACCACCUGUUAGUCAUCGGUGCUGUGGGGAUUGGUGUGGCCUGUUUGCAGCUGGCCGGGGCAGCCUUCACAGCCUGUUUUAUCUAUCUGCUUUAUAAAGAAGAGGAAGAGGACUUCGGUACAUUGUGAUUUAGCUGUAGAGCAUCUUUGUGGUUAAAUCAACUCGAGACACAAGAUUUGUGGCAUGGUGCUCACCUGCUGUUUGUACAGACGAAUCAAGAUGGAGCCUUACUGAGCACACCAGAACCACCACCACCUUCCACAGACAGAUGGAACAAUGACCUGCUGACACAUAACGCCAACCUCUGAAUCAUGAGCUUGCCUGAUCUGAUCUGAAGACAAGUGUUAAGACACGUUUAAGGUCAUGCUGAUACAGUAACUCAAUAAGCCUUUUGUUUUAUUUUUGUGCAGUAUAAUGCUGUUGGAUAAAAAUGGUGGCUAUACUGUAUAUGUGUUUCUAACAGUAUCCUAGACCUUCUACAGCAUUGCUUGUGGUUACAUCAUGGCCUUGGCUUAUAUGCAUGCUUUAACAGAACUGAAGUGCUGAUAAUGAAGAGCUGUAACCUAUGGUUUAAUGUAAACACAAUGUGCCUCUAUAAUGAUGAAGCUAGUUAAUGAAUAUAUGAGAGGAAGUAAAUUAUAGCCUUCACUAAAACCUUUCAACUCAUGGGUCUGAUGAAGCAAGAAUAGAUUAGUACCAGUUACUGUAAAAAGGUGCGUCAUAGAACAUAUUUCUUUAAAUACUGUAGAAACUUGGGACAAAAUCUCAGACAACCUUUUCUCUGUCAUUCUACAUAUUAACAUCUGGGCGGAAUUGCGUCCAAUGGUUUUAUCACUGCUUAACGGUAAUCACCGUUAGCCAAAACUCUUUGGCCAUGAUUGUACACACAGUGGAUUAUGAUUAUAUGUGCCUAUGUUGCCUAUAUAUUAUGACUGCACUAAAUACAGAGAUGCUUUAUUUUACAUUUGAUAUACUGUAAACCAUAAACAUUUAGAUUUGUCAGUCCCAUGACUAAAGGGAAAAAGUAAAAAGUUUUUUGGUGGUGCCUGGAUUUUUGACUUUAUACCUCCACCUAGUGGCUUUAUUGUGAUAUUAAAGGCUGCUCGUUGUUAUUCAAUAACAUACAAUGAAUUCAGGACUAUACUGUACAUUAAAACCACUACUUUUCUUGACAGUUGUGAUUUUCCUAUUUAGAAGUAACAACAAAGCUGACGUGAAGGGCUGUUCUUACCGUCUCAUUUGUCACUAACCAUUUCUUUUUGAAUAUUCCAUUAUAUAUAAAGUAACCUUGUUGCUGAUAUACUCAGAAGUACUGCGGUUAUAAAUUAUAAAGUUGGUGUACUUAUGUUCUUGUGGUUGUUUUGGUUUCAGGAAACCAUUGGUGAUGACAUCAUGAUAUAACAUUGGCAGUUGUUUCUAUUGACUGUGCUAUUAAAAUGCUGAUAUAAAUAAAACAAUUAAACAUUCUUGCAAUCAAACUGCACUAUGUGAAAGGCAAAUAUUUACCAUUAGUUUAGACAGGCAGAUGUGAUGAAGUGAUUGCUGGUUGCCAGAUGCCAGUUGAUUAGUUUAUAAUAGUUGGAGCAUUAUUUCAAGUUAUGUUAGUGUGUUUAUUCUGGCCAUAAUGACAAGUUUGUGCUCGAGGGCAUUGCAGUUCAGAGCAUAAUAGCCCUUACAUGUGACAGCUGUGAGGGAAGGCAGAGUCACCACUAGAGGGAGACAAAGAUUGUCAAUUUGAAAUGGUAGACUAAUAACUACAUGUCAAAAAAUCGUUGUUUUCCUACAUGUGACCUAGAUACUCCUACUCCGAUGUGACCAUUUCAUUUAGUCUUACAAGUAUUUAGUUCACGUUUACUUAUUUUGAUGAGCUGAAUAAAUUAUGUGGUGCUGAUCAUAAUUCAUAAGCAUUUGCUUUUUUGGAUAGUGAAGUGGUGAAUUAUGAGCUUCCUCAGAGGUGUGUAGACCUUUGCUGAUGUCUUGGGCUAUUAUAGAACACAUUCUGAUUUCCUCUGUGAGCGUCUUGGACAAUUUGCAGGGAAAAAUAUUUCCAACUGCAACACUUGUGCUGGGUUUUUGUGCCCUAGCUUUUUGUCUCUGAAGCACAAUUUCCCAUUUGCUGUUUCCUAACUGUGUUGAUUCAAUGUGAAGUAUCGUUACUGGUUUAUGAGAGGGAAAGAAGUUUGCUUCAGUGAAUAGCUUAGAAAUCGUGGCUCUCAAAAAGCACACACAGACAUCAACUGAUAGAAACACAAACAGAUGCUGUGCAUUAGCGUUUGGUUUACACCAUUUGUCAUGAGAAACCAGUGAAGGAAAAUUAGGGACACCUGGAGAUCCACUACUCCCAUGUGUCUGGACCUUUGCAUCAGAAGCACAGGCAUUACUUACACCUUCGGUCCUCAUCGCAUCGUAGCCGUGGGGAUGAUAUUUCAGUGGGUCAGGACAAGAAUUAACCCUGGAACAGACGUUGCAGUUUACAUUAAUCCACUGUGAGCAUGUUUGCAUGUGCACAGAGGAGACAUGUGAAUACCUGCAAAAUUACCCAGGAGAGCAGUGCAUCCCAGAAAUGAGCAAAGGAAAACAUUACUUCCAUGUCUGAAUUAUAGACCAAUGCAUACUGUAUAAUUCUGUGCUUCUCUACUUUUAUGCCAACAUGCAAUGCAAAAAUAGAUUUAUGGGACUUUGGUGUCCAUAAGGCAUUUGUUAAGCUCCUAAAAUGUAUUCUGGCAUAUUCAUGAUUAAGAUCUGCAGUGACUUAGCAUAAUAGAUGUUUGGGAACGAACUUAUGUAACAUUUUGUGUGCAGUGUAACGCGCCUUCAGUGUGUUUGUGGGGUUGUGAAACUGACCUCUGUCUGAAUAAAUGAAUAAAUGUG